CGAAAAAUCGAGAUUUUCCCGGAAAAGAAAAAACCAGGGUUUUAGAGCUCGUUCCAUAGCCGGAAGAAAGCUUGCUAGCCCCCCGGAGCAGAGAAAAUGAGGUUCAACUUCGAUUUGCAGGAAGCGAAACCAGAGCAAGGAAGGUCCUCGACGCCCAAAAACGACGUCGAAUGGGUUCCCCUCAAGAACCACCCGGUCUUCACCUCCUCCGCCGCCGUAUCCGCCCCUCUCCUAUCGCCGAGAAAUCUCUUGGCUUGGGACGGAGCUUCUCGCCUCUACUUCUGGGACUCCAACCUCCUCUGCCUUCAUCAGAUCUCGGUUCGCCUCGGCGAGCCGGUGCCGACCUCUGUCCUCGCUGCCUCGCCGUCUAAGGUAUUGCGACCAGUUGUGGAGGUUGAAUUUGAAGUUGAGAAAAUUUCUAUUAAUAGGAAUGGAUCAGCACUUUUGCUUGCUGGUUCGGAUGCUCAUUGUGUUAUGUAUCUAUACGGGCGUGCUUCUUCCAAAGACAAUGCCAUAAUUUGCAGGACUGUUAAUGUUGGUUCACAAAUCUAUUCUAAUGGCAGCAGCGUCAUACGUGUGCUGCAAGUUUUGUGGCACCCUUACAGUGACACUCACUUGGGAAUCCUUUCUUCCGAUUCUGUUUUCAGAAUUUUUGAUUUGUCUUCAAAUCUUAUGCAACCAGAGCAAGAGUAUUAUCUGCAGCCUGCAGAACCAGGAAGACACAGGAAUGGCAAAUCAAUGUGUAGGAAUGCCACAUCAAUUUGCCCCGCUGAUUUUUCAUUUGGCAGUGAUCACCUGUGGGACCGGUUUAGUGUCUUUAUUUUGUUCAGUGACGGUUCAGUUUACAUCCUGUGUCCAAUUGUUCCUUUUGGAAGUGUCCAUAAAUGGGAGUCUAUAAUAGAGAUACAUAACGACGCCCAUACAUUUGGCCAGAAAUCAUCCAAUUCAUCGGCAGUUAGUAAUUCUAAUUUGGCAAUUUCUUGGUUGGAAGCAACAUUUCCAGAUUUAACGCACCAAGCAUCAGAAGGGAUAGACCUAUCUGCAAUAAGAGCUCGUCCUUACGCUUUAUUUGAUGCAUCACUUUCUUUGCAGGGGUCUUUAAGAAAAGUGUCCCAUGAGGAUAAUGAGGAUUUAGCCAUUCGUGGUGCAGAAUGUGAAGGUCGUGCAGUUAGUUUUCUAUACAACAUAGUCAGCAAGGACUCAAUUUUGGUGACUGCCUGGAGUGGUGGACAAUUGCAAAUAGAUGCCCUAGCUGACGAAAUCCAGCCAGUUUGGAAUGUUAAUAGCCCACCUCGUGUCCGUGUGGAUUCCGAAGACCACAUCUGUGGUCUGGCUAUGAUUUGUGAGUUAAUUCCAGGCAAUCGUUCCAUUGCCAAGCUUGAUCAACCACUUGAAAAUACUGUUUGGCUGGGGCACCCUCCCCCGCUACUGAGGCUAGCCACCGUGGAUCUGGCUCUUCCAAAGAAAGCAGAAGGUGGUUCUUUUAUCACGAUGUUUGUCGAUCCCCUUAUGCCAGAAAGAAUAUAUUCCCUUCAUGAUGGAGGAAUAGAUUCAGUAGUGUUACAUUUUCUCCCAUUUACGAGUCAGAUUAGUGGCAAAAAUGAGGCUGGGAGGACUCCAUCUGUUCAUCCUGUUCUGAGUACAUGCCAGGGAGAAGCAUCCUCACCAUCUCCACUUUAUGGCUUUGUGUCACUAUCUGAUUCAUUUGGGUAUUCAUGGAUUGUGGGAGUCACAAUUCCGUGUGAGUGUUUUGUUCUUGAGAUGAAAACAUGGAACCUAUUGCUACCGAGUAGCAUCGAUAUGGAGAACAAGAGUUCUCAGUCUCAAGAAUUAAAAGAGAGAGAGAUGCCAGAUAUUAUCAUAAGCAAAGAACUCCUAAGUGGACCUAAGGUCGUUCUUAUACCUCAGACUUCAUCGAAUCUUCGUUCUGUUGCUGCUGAUUCUAUUGAAGGUCGCUCGACACUUCAUCAAUACUUCAAGCUUUUCCAUGAAAAUUAUGUGGAAUAUGCACAUAAGGUGUACUUUGAGCUCAAGCAUCAUGGGCCUCACUUGAAGAGAAUUAUUAACGACCAGCAUUCUCGUUUAGGUGAGGCACAAGAGAAAAUUUUGAAAGUUGAGGAGAAGCAGUCGAAUUUGGAGGAUAGAAUAGCUCACGCAAUUCAGCAGCAGAGUUUCCUAGAAGAGCGCUUGAAACGCUUGCGGAAUUUACCAGGGGCCCAUAAGAAACCUCUCUCCAAAGCUGAGCGACAAUUCAAGUCUGAGCUUGACCAUUUUAGUGGAGUCGAGCUUGGUGCUUUGCGUUCUUCAAUAUCUGCUUUAUCUGCAAGGUUGAGAAGGCACACACAAUCUCCAAAUGGCAAUGCAUCAAACCAACAAAAACUAAUUUCAACGAGGAAGAAUCACGCCCAAGAUUCUCAAAUCUCCCAACUGAAAUCCUCGCUCGAGAGGCUCUCACUCGUUAGCAGUGAGAACUCGAAAAAGGUAAAGCUUGUUGAAUCCGCGUUGAAGAGCUGGGAAAGCAGCAGGUGAUACCUACUGGCUACUCCUGUUUAAGAUAUGUGAUUUAAGUACGCAGCUCAUGUACCGGUUUUGAGUUUUGUGGCGUGAAAAAUCUCUUCAUUGGCUUUGGCGGUUCACGCUUGUUGUUAGCAAGAUUGAAGAUUAAACAUGGCAGUACAAAAGAUAUUUAAAUCUCUUCCAAAGAUGAAGCUGUCGCGACCAAAUACCGAGUCUACUUUGUCAUCUCAUUAUUAGAUCCUAUGCCCAAAUGUGUGAGAUCUUUGUAAAAAAAUCGUUUUUGCUGAGAUAUAUUUAGUCACCUACAUCUACAUGUUAUUGUUAAUGUCUUGGUACAUUAUCGGAUAUGAUGGGAUUUCAUGUGCAAGGAAUUAUUUAUACCGCGCCAAAGUAACGAGAUUCAUGCCUUAUUUCUCUAUUAUAGGCGAUUUCUU